AUGCUGGGGGCACUAGGAUCUGUGAUUCUCACGGUGGGCCUUGUAUCGGCUGCCCCAACGUCACCCGGGGAAUGCAAACCGCUGUCUUCUCUCUCUUUCGCUCACCGACCUAAUGUAACAAGUGGACUCUCUACCCGUGUAAUAUUCAACGGACUGAAAAGGCCGCGCGGCUUGCGUAUUGAUUCGUUGUCGAACCUCCUGGUCGUCGAUCGAGGCGUUGGAGUGGUGGCGCUUUCGUAUCGGAACGAUUCGACAUGCGUUGGCUGGGAGAAACGUACGGUCGUGAACAAUGAGAAUCUGAAUCAUGGAAUCGAGAUCGGCCCGAGUGGAGGAGGGAGCAACCAAUAUUUGUAUGCGAGCACUAGCGACAACGUCUUGCGAUGGGAGUACGAUCCAAGCAGCGUCGCGGUUGUAGGAAAUCCUGUCACGAUUGCGUCGAACAUGUCGAACUCUGAUCAUACCACCCGCACCUUGAUUCUACAACCCCAAUCUGGAAGUACAUCCCAGUAUAUCAUCGUUACACGCGGGUCUGAGUCGAAUCUGGACGAGGGCGCUGCCGAAAUAUCCUCUGGUCGUUCGCAAAUCCGCCGUUUUGCGCUCAAUAGUUCCCUGCCAAGUGGCGCAGGCUGGGCUUGGGAACAGGGCGAGCUCCUUGGCUGGGGCCUACGCAAUGCAGUGGGCAUUGCUCUUUCUCCUGACGGAGAAGACUUGUGGGAGGUUGAGAAUAGCUCCGACAAUGUCUUUUGGAGAGGGGUUGACGUUCAUCACGAGAACCCAGCUGAGGAACUCAAUCGUAUUCCUUUGAACAACAUAUCAACCAUCCCGGAUGCUCAAAAGUUCUACGGUUAUCCAUGGUGCUAUACAGCUUGGGAUUCGUCGGCCCUCACCGCGUCUUCCUUUACAUUCCAGACUGGAUCCCAGUUCUCCAUUCGCAACCCUCCUGAGACGCCCGACGAUGCAUGGUGCUCUGUUGAUCAAAAUAACAUCAAACCAGUACUGUCGAUGCAAUCUCAUUCGGCACCAUUAGAUAUCGUGUUCUACAAUGCGCCCUCGGAGGGAAGCGAAGGAUACGACAAUGCAAGGUUGUAUGCUGUAAAUACCGAGUGGAACGGUGAUGCGUUUGUGAGUUUUCAUGGGAGUUGGAACCGGGAUCCGCCGACUGGAUACAAGGUGGUGAGAAUACCUUGGAAUAAUGGCGCUCCUGUCGCCUCGGCAGACUCUCGAAAUGGCUACGAAACUGUCGUGGGGGCACCUGAUUUGUCCCAGUGCCCGAACGGGUGUAUUAGACCUGUUGGAGUGGCCUUCGACCGUCUCGGGCGACUCUUCGUUAGCUCUGACACGACCGGAGAAAUAUUCAUAGUAGAGAAUUCGAAUGCGCCGGACGGGGAGUCCGAUUCGUCUAGUCUUGCCAACAGGGUUAAUCUAGCGGGUUUAGUAAUGGGGGUUAUAGGUGCCAUUGUAGUUGGGUUGGUAUAA